AAAAAAAAAACUCCUCGGCGUUAUUUACACGGUUUCGCCGUCGAGGAAGGAAGAAAAAUCGGUUUUCGUAUUUUCCGAUGAUGGAAGUUUCCGCCUCCGCAGAAGAGACGACGGAGAGCACCGGAAAACACAGCUGGCAGAAAAACGUCGCUGCUGCUGCUCACAAUCACAAUCACAAUCAUAAUCAUAAUCACCACCGUUACAAAUAUAUCUCAAAUUACGGUGGCGGAGGAAGCUCCGGGCGGCGUUUUCUGUUCUUCGUUUCCUGCUUUGGGUUUUACGCUUUGGUGGCGGCGACGUACGCGUGGCUCGCGUUUCCACCGCAUAUCGGCCGUACGGAUCAUGUAUCGUCGUCUUCGCUAGGUUGCAGAGAGGACAAUGAGGGUUCCUGGUCCAUUGGCGUUUUCUAUGGAGAUUCUCCCUUUUCUCUCAAACCUAUCGAAACCAUCAAUGUAUGGAGGAACGAGAGUGCAGCAUGGCCUGUGGCUAACCCAGUCUUAACUUGUGCCUCCAUGACAAAUUCUGGUUUUCCAAGCAACUUUGUAGCUGAUCCCUUUCUUUAUGUACAGGGUGAUACUCUUUACCUCUUCUUUGAAAAUAAAAACCCCAUUACAUUGCAAGGGGAUAUAGGAGUUGCAGAGAGUAUUGACAAAGGAGCAACUUGGAAACCUCUUGGUAUAGCUUUGGAUGAGCCUUGGCAUUUGUCUUUUCCAUUCGUCUUCAAUUACAACGGAGAAAUAUACAUGAUGCCGGAGAGUAACCAGAUAGGACAGCUUCAUCUCUACCGCGCUGUUAACUUCCCAUUAAGUUGGAAACUGGAGAAAGUCAUAUUGCAAAAGCCGCUUGUUGAUUCGACCAUAAUCCAUCACCAAGGAAACUAUUGGCUAUUUGGAUCAGAUCAUAGUAGCUUUGGGACGAAGAAGAAUGGUCAGCUUGAAAUCUGGCACAGUAGCACUCCUCUUGGCCCAUGGAAACCACAUAAGAAAAAUCCUGUCUACAACGGUAAAAGAAAUGUAGGGGCAAGAAACGGAGGCAGAGCGUUUUCACAUAAUGGGAAUAUUUACCGUGUUGGUCAAGACUGCGGUGAAAGUUAUGGCAAAAAGAUACGAAUAUUUAAAGUAGAGGUUCUUUCUAAGGAAGAGUACAGAGAAGUCGAAGUCCCCUUCGAUUUGGAAAUGUCCCAUAAAGGUAAAAAUUCGUGGAACGGAGUUAGGCAGCAUCAUUUCGAUGUACGUCAGCUAAGUUCUGGUGAAUACAUUGGUUUUGUUGAUGGUGACCGUGUAACUUCAGGCGAUCUGUUUCAUCGGGUUUUUCUCGGUUACGCCUCUCUUGCAGCUGCUAUUUCCGCUGUUGUGUUACUCGGGUUUUUGCUUGGUGUAGUGAACUGCAUUGUUCCAUCAACAUGGUGCAUGAACUACUAUGCGGAAAAAAGAACCGAUUCGCUCUUGAAUUUGGAAAGUGCCGGUUUGUUCUCGGAAAAGUUAAGACGAAUUUGUUCUCGGUUGAACCGAGUACCACCUUUCCUCAGAGGACUCGUGAAGCCUAACUCCUCCUUGGGAAGGUUAACGCUUGGUUUAGUAGUCCUAGUAGGAGUUUUGCUAGCAUGCGUAGGUAUCAGAUACAUAUACGGUGGAAGCGGAGCGGUUGAGCCUUACCCGUUCAAAGGUCACUUAUCUCAGUUUACGUUAGCAACUAUGACUUACGACGCUCGUCUCUGGAACCUGAAAAUGUACGUUAAGCAUUACUCUCGAUGUCCUUCUGUGAAAGAGAUCCUCGUCAUAUGGAACAAAGGACCGCCUCCUGAACUGACUGAUCUAGACUCGGCCGUGCCAGUCAGAAUCCGAGUCGAGAAGCAGAACUCUCUAAACAACAGGUUUAAUGUUGAUCCGCUGAUAAAAACCCGCGCCGUUCUUGAGCUUGACGACGAUAUAAUGAUGUCUUGUGAUGUCAUCGAAAAGGGUUUUAGAGUUUGGCGGGAGCAUCCGGAGAGAUUGGUCGGGUUUUACCCGCGUUUCGUUGAUCGAACCAUGACUUAUAGUGCGGAGAAAUUUGCGAGAAGUCACAACGGAUACAAUAUGAUUCUGACCGGAGCAGCGUUUAUGGACGCCGGUUUCGCGUUUGAUAUGUAUCAGUCGGAUAAGGCGAAACUUGGUCGGGAAUUUGUGGACGAGCAGUUUAAUUGUGAAGACGUUUUGUUGAAUUUCUUGUACGCGAAUGCGAGUGGAUCUGGAAAGGCUGUGGAGUAUGUGAGACCGUCUUGGGCUGUUGACACUUCGAAACUUUCCGGUGUAGCGAUUAGUGGAAACACGAAUCAACAUUACAGAAAGAGAAGUAAGUGUCUCCGGAGAUUCUCCGAUUUGUACGGAAGUUUAUCUGAUCGGAGAUGGGAAUUCGGUGGUAGAAAAGAUGGGUGGGAUUUGUAGAAAAAAAAAGGAGUUUUACUUGUAGGGCAAGUAAGUAGUUCUUCAAAAGAUGAUUGUGGCUUUUAAAAAUAUAAGUUAGAGCCCCUUUGUGUUGAUUUAUUAGAUUCGCAAUGUAACUUUAGCCUCUCUUUUUCAUAUCGUGUUAGAUGUUUAACUUUUGAACCUGUUGUCGGUGAAUGAACAGGGCUUCUCUGAUCUUAUU